AUGGUUCCAGUGAGUCUGCGAGGCUCUAAUGGAAGUUAUCAAGGUGUUUUCAUGAUUGCAGUGACAGUCUGGUGCAGUGACUCUGACGCUCAGCUGCUCACCAUCUCCAGACUCGGGACGGCCCCACGCCUUGUCUUCCAAGGCGACACGCUGACCCCACAGGACGAGGUGGAGGUGCUGGGGGUCACAUAUGAUAGAAAGCUGUCCUUCAGAUCCCACAUAGAGCGGCUCGCCAGGGAGGCCUCAGGGAAGCUGGCAUCCCUGAGGAGAAUGUCACCUCUCCUGGACAGUAGGGGAAUGGAAGUCCUCUACAAAGCCCAGGUUCGCUCGUCCCUGGAAUACGCGUGCCUGGCAUGGGGAGGUGCGGCCAACAAGCACCUGUCUCUACUGGACAAGGUACAGGAGAGGGCGGCAAGGCUCAUCAGAGAGGCAGGACACCAACCAGCACUACAGAGUCUCCAACAUCGGCGUGACGUGGCGGGACUCACUGUAAUGUUCAAGGUGCAGCUACAGUGUGUGCCGCACCUACAGUCACUCCGGCAGCCUCCCCGACUGGCCCAGGUCGCUACCAGAGCCGUCACCUCAGCCCCGGAGGAACUGCUGCAAACCCGGCAGAACCAGAAGCAGAAAGUGUCAGCAUGUCGCCUUCGUACACUUAGCGGUAACUAUCCCAGGGUCGGUUACACUCCCACAAAGGGCCCCCACCCCCCCAGCAAAGCCCCCCUCUGGGCCCCCAUUGGCGCGGGCGUGGGCGUGGGCGGCCAGACCGUGGUGAGGGAGGAGGCGGGCGGCGACACCACCACCAGCGCCACCACAGUGCCCACCACCACCACCACCGCCGCCACAGACCUGGCGGAGGCCCUGCACCACCACCACCACCCCCACCACCUCCACCACCACCACCCCUCCCCCGUGCAGGCCGCGGCGGACUCCACGGAGAACACGCACGUGGCGGAGGAGGACUACACGGCGGAGGAGGAGCUGGAGGCGCUGGAGGUGGAGGAGGAGGGGGAGGAGGGGCGCGAGGCGGGCGGGCGCAAGAGGAAGCGGCGCAUUCUGUUCAGCAAGACGCAGACCUACGAGCUGGAGCGACGCUUCCGCCAGCAGCGCUACCUGUCGGCGCCGGAGCGGGAGCACCUGGCGGCGCUCAUCAACCUCACGCCCAACCAGGUGAAGAUCUGGUUCCAGAACCACCGCUACAAGACCAAGAAGCUGUACCGCGAGAAGGGCCUGGCGGGCUCCAUGGAGGCCCCCUACGGCGCCGCGCCCGCCGCGCCGCUCUGCGCCCUACCCCCUGCCCUGCGCCGCCUGUCCAUGCCGCUGCUCGUCAGGGACAGGCUGGCAGGGGGCGCCAAUCCCCGCCCCGACGCCCACGACGCCGCGGCGCUGUUGGAUCCACGCCUACACGCGCCCCUGCCGCCCGUAGCCUUCCCAGGGCUAUUCUCCGGCUUGUUGGGCGCGUCGGGCGGCCUGCGGCUGGGCGCGGUGCCCCCAGCGCUGGCCCAGCCCGGCUUGUCCCCCGCCCUGGCCGCCUCGCUGCUGCUGCCCGCCCAUCCCUUCCUCUCUUCUGCCUCCUCCCUCUCCUCCUCCCUGCCGCUCUUCUCCUCCCCGCCCGCCGCCACCGCCGUCACCGCCGCCCGCGCCUCCCUCAAACUGCUCGACGGCGGCGGCGGCGGCGUCGGCGGCGGCGGCGGUGGCGGCGACGGGUCGCCCUCGCCCUCGCCCACCACCUCGCUGUCCUCGCCGCGGCCCCUCUCGCCCCCCUGCCCCGCUGACGGCGUCCCUCUGCCCCACCUGCCCACCGCCCCCGCCAGAUGGUGACGCAAAAGUGGAUAGCGGCGGUGACGAGAAACAGCGGCAUUAAUAUCUCCAGGCGGGCGGCGGGCGGCGGGCGGGCGUGGGUAUGGCGCGCCGCGCUGGUGGUGAUGACGGUGGCUGCGUGUGGCGGCGUGUGGUGAGCGCUAGUGUGUGUGUGUGUGUGUGUGUGUGUGUGUGUGUGUGUGUGUGUGUGUGUGUGUGUGUGUGUGUGUGUGUGUGU